AUGUCUGAUACCUACAAGCCUCCGUCUGGGCCAAAAGCUACCCGUACGAUGGACGAUGGUCGUCAAGCAGAUCAGUCUCGAGACCAAUCUUCGAGAGGAGGUCAUCGAGGAGGAAGAGGUGGUGGACCAGGUCACGCUGGACACAAUGGAAGGCCGAGUGGACCCGGCAGAUAUCCUACUGGACCGGUGGGAAAGCGUUUCCCCGAUCGUGACAACUACAGACCAUCUGAUAGAUAUAGUACACCACGAGACGACGACCGGUUUUCAGGCAACAAACGUCCAUUUCCUGGCGAUAAUGAUCAUGUAAAUAAAAGAGGAAGAGGUUCUAUGAGAGGACGUGGUGGUGGACCUUCAGGGAGGCAACCUCCUCAAAAGGGACGUCGAGAUUACGAAAGCUCAGCGAAAGAUACCAGUGCUGAACCUGGUGCAAAAUCCUUUAAUUAUUCCAACGAUGCAUAUCACGACGAACGGUAUGACAACAGUUAUGAGGGCUCUCAGAAAUAUAGUAAACCAUCAGGUCCACGGGCGUUUGAUAGAGGCAAUCGUGGACGAGGACGUGGUGGUCUGGCUCGCGGAGGAAGGGAUAAUAAUACUAGAGGCGGGCGGUUCGAUGCUUCUUCUGGCAGUAGGAUUCAGCAAUCCGGGGCUGGCUCGACGUUGCCCACUACUCCAAAGGCACAACGUGCUCCAGUUCCCAAACUAGCGUUGUCUCAAAUGUACUCGGUCAAGACCCCGACGGCAGAAGUUUACAAAAGAGUUCAGCAGGUGGGUGAAGGAACGUACGGCAAGGUUUAUAAAGCACAGAACGUGUUGACAGGGCAGUUUGUGGCACUAAAGAAGUUGAGGUUAGAAGCUGAACGUGAAGGUUUCCCCAUCACAGCUAUGCGUGAGAUCAAGUUAUUGCAAUCAUUUGAUCACCCUAAUGUGUUGGGACUCUUGGAAAUGAUGGUAGAACACAACCAAAUAUUCAUGGUGAGUGAUUAUAUGGAUCAUGAUUUGACAGGAUUGUUAACACAUCCCGAUUUGCAACUCAGUGAGAGCCAUCGCAAGUUCAUCUUCAAACAACUCAUGGAAGGAAUAAACUAUUUGCAUUGCCGCAGGAUCAUUCAUAGGGAUAUCAAGGGGUCUAAUAUCUUGUUGGAUAGUAUUGGGCGACUUAAAAUUGCCGAUUUCGGAUUGGCUCGUACAAUGAAAACGGUGAAAGACACAGAAAGUCCCGAUUAUACGAAUCGAGUCAUAACGAUAUGGUACCGUCCACCUGAGCUUCUUUUGGGCUCGACAGAUUAUGGUAGAGAGGUGGAUAUUUGGGGUGUUGGAUGUUUGUUAAUUGAGCUCUACAUUAAGAGAGCAGCGUUUCAAGGAUUUGACGAAAUCGGUCAACUCAACAAAAUCUACAAUAUAAUGGGUACCCCUACCGUCGAAGAUUGGCCCACAAUAGAAAACCUUCCUUGGUUUGAAAUGUUACGGCCUAGAAUCAAUCGGUCCAGCAGUUUCAAGGAACUUUUCGGAUCUGCAAUGUCUGAGCAAAGUUUUGACUUGGCUCAAGAUCUUUUAAAAUAUAACCCUGCAAAGAGGUGGACGGCUCUGGAAGCACUUGAACACCCAUAUUUCACCACUGAACCGUUACCGGAGCCAUUGCAUAUGUUGAAAGAUAUCAAGGGAGAAUGGCACGAGUUUGAGACCAAGAAGAGAAGACGCCAGGAGCGGAAGAGAGUGCAGGAAGAGGCUAAAGCAGCAGCUCAAAAGGAUCAGCUUAGCAAGAGUAUAGCUGAGGAUUCGGGAGCAGAACAGACGGGAGAAGCAAAAGAACCAACAGAAACAGCUGAACCAGAAACAGGUAAAUCAGUGGAAGAUGCUGUUUCUGUUACUGUUCUGAUGGAUCAGCCGGCUUCUCCGGAUGAGGGGAAACUCAAGCACGAAGAAGACGACAAAGCAGCAACAACUGCCGAGACAAUUGGGUCGGUUGCAGCUUCUACAGGAGAUACGCCAAAUGCCUGA